GCAAUACUUCCUCAGUAUACUGUUUUUAUCGCAUAAUGUAUCAUUCGAUUCCUCGAAGUCUAUCGCGCGGAAAUUUUUUUCGCGCAUCAGACGAAUUUGUAUCAACGCAUAGUUCUGUGCAUAAAUAUAAGUAAUUUCUGCGACAGAUGGAAAGAUGGAAAACGACAAAGAUUCGUUGCUCGAUCGGAAAUUAAAAACUUAUCUACCGUUCGGCGUAAUUUUCAUCAUUUUCGCUAUUACUGCGUAUACAAUGACAAAAGAUAAAGUGAUAACAUCGCUCAUCACCAUGUGCUUUAUUACAUCCGUAUUUAUCGUAAUUUUUACAUUGUGUGACGGAACGCUGCGAUUAUGUCACAUUUUAAUCUCAUUGAUGGACGUGAACCAACAGUCAAAAGACACUUUCUGGUCGAUAGUGAAUACUCAUCUCACCUUGAAUGCCGCAUCAACGAUAACUGUUAUUAUCAGUGGACUAUUCUUCAUGGGACUGAUAAUCACCAUUCGAAAGUGUCCAUUAAAUUAUAUAUGGGAUUUUGGGCCCUACAUAUGCAUACCAUUGAUGAUAGUUUCGUUUCUUUUACUAAGGGUGACAAAUCUGACUGAAUGGGAACUGAAAUUGUCGUCCCCUAUCAGUGCUAUGAAAGGUUUAGAUUAUGGCACAGGUAUGGCGUAUAGCUUUUAUUACGGCUAUCUUCGCCUAAUUUUACCAUCUACUGGCACUGCCACUAAAAGCAUAGUUGAGAAAAUUGAAAAUUUUGAGGAUAAGCACAACGUCACAUUUCCUGUUCACAAGCUGUUCAUCUUGAUACCAUUAUCAGGAUACAUUCCACCAGAUUUAAAGGAAGCAUCUUAUCAGUGGAUGGAGAGUGCACAUGAAUUAGAAGAGGAACAACGCAACCGAGCUGGAAACAUAGGCAGAAAAUAUCGGAGCAUUGCAUAUAAAAUAUAUCCUGAUGGGCAAGGCUCAGGCAAUAAUCCGGAAUUUGUAGUAGUAGAAGGUGCGUCACCUUUGUUGACUUACUAUGAAGUACAAAAACAUAAUCAUGCAGAGUCUAAUAUAUAUAAGCAGUAUAAAAAUGAGAUUACGUUAAUGUUCUAUAAAAAGCUGCAAGAAAUUUUGCAAAGUGAACCUGAUACAAGAGAUUUAUGUGAAUUAAUUUACUAUGAUGAUUAUGACUCAAAAGGAGUCAAAGUCAACGUUGGAAAGAUAAUUUUAGAAAGAAUAAACAAGAUAAAGAAUUCCACAUAAAUAUGAAAAAACGUUAAGAUAUAUAUUUUAUGAUAAACUUUUAAUAUAAUUAUAUAUUACGAGCUUUUAUAAUACAAUUACUAACUAAUGUUGCUAUCUAUACUACUUUUUACUAGUGCAUGUUCAUGUUCAUACAUGUAGUUUGUACAAAGUACAAAAACAUAUUGUUUAUGUAAUGUUUUUGUACUUUGGCAAAUGCAUGUAUUCUUGAACAAGAAUAUAUUCUAAAACCUUACAUUUAGCAAAACUGACUUUAUGAAUAAUACUUUUAAUGUAUAAAAUUUUAUGAUAAAAAUCAUUGAUAAGAGCAUAUAUGAUAUGCAAUAUUGUAUAAU